AUGGCUCACGAGACAUAUACCAGUUACAACAAUCGACAACUCGAGAGUCAAGAUUUCUAUCCUGAAAUCCACCAUUUCUCUGUCAACUCGGUGGAGCAACUUCUCACACAUAGUGAGCGCGGCGGAGAUAACGGCAGACACGGCGGCGCCACCAUGGAAAAGCUUAUCUACAACCCCAACCACCAUAUCCUUUCAAAGCAUCUAAAACCACGUCCAUUUUUUCCCCAUCUCGCUCGAUUUCAACCUACUAAGCUAUUCAAUCCAUCCCACUACACCAUCCGAGUCAACUCAAUCUCUUGCAAACAUGAACAAAAUCCGUCAUUCGAUUCUUCAUCUCCGGUUAUCAAAACCCCAGAAAGAGAUUUGACCUUUUCUGAAAAUAAGGGUUCUGUUAUACCCAAACCUCAGUUUCUCCAGCAAUUGUCGCAGGCAUUUUCUCACAAACAGAAGGCAGCCGCUGCUGGUACGGUAAUUCUGCUUUCGGCUCUCCUUGUUUUCGUGGUUCAACCGGUUUUCGUCUCGCCAGCAUUUGCCUCGUUUCAAACUGCUACCAAAACAGGCUCGGGCGCAUUUGCCCGAAGCGAGUUGCUGAGCAGUGCGUGGACCGGUUUCUUUGCCGGUUGCUUGCACACUUUAUCUGGACCAGACCACCUUGCUGCUCUAGCCCCGCUCUCGAUUGGCCGGUCUCGAGUCGAGAGUGCUAUGGUUGGAGCCCUCUGGGGAUGCGGGCAUGAUGCGGGCCAGGUAAUAUUCGGUUUGCUUUUCUUGCUCUUAAAAGACCGGCUCCAUAUUGAGAUCAUAAGAACAUGGGGUACACGAGUUGUCGGUUUUACCCUUCUUGUCAUUGGAGCCAUGGGAAUCCGUGAAGCCUCGGAAGUCCCAACUCCGUGUGUCGCCCUCGAGAAUGGUGAGUGUGAUGUCAGCGUUUACGAGGCUUCGAUAGCGGACCCCACCGUCGGCAAAAAGAAGAAAAUUGGAUUCGCAACUUUCGCCACCGGAAUAAUCCACGGGUUACAACCCGAUGCGCUUAUGAUGGUCUUGCCGGCACUUGCCCUCCCGUCUCGGAUGGCCGGUGCGGCUUUUCUAGGCAUGUUUUUGGUGGGAACAGUUAUCGCGAUGGGAAGCUAUACGGUUUUUAUCGGGUCAUGUAGCCAGGCGUUGAAAGAUCGGAUCCCGAGAAUUACGGAGAAGCUGACGUGGAUUUCGUCGUUGGUGGCGAUCGCACUCGGGCUCGGAAUUAUCGUUAGUCAAUUAUUCGGGUUUAGUUUGUACUAAUUUUGGUAAUAUUUGAGGUUAGGGGGAUUAUACACCUACUUUAUCUGCCAGCAGAAAGUUGUUUAUUGGAGUGUAUUAUUUGAUAUAUUGCAAUAGUACCUCGUGCAUUAACUGUCU